CAACUGUAGAUGCCAAUCAUUACUUGCAUUUCUAUCUUAUUUAGCUAUGUUAGAAGAGGGCUGGGGCACUUCUGAACACGAGCAAACGAUUACUUCAGUCAUCUCUGAAGGAGAGAAAGAAAGAAAGAAAUCCCAGGAGGACUUGGAUACAGAGACAUCGCUGUCUAUGCCAUUGGUUCUGUGUCCCAGCCCUCAAGAACUGGGAGUCAAAAUCAUGACUGACCAACAUUCCAUGAACACCUCUCCUUGUCCACCAGAGGCAUCAAGAUCUGCUCUGAGAGAUACACCUUCACCUGACCAGAAGAGUAAUAUAUGUAAUAAAGAUAAAUAUAUGUUUAUGAUAUUAAACAUAAAUGUACUAGAAUGUACUAGUCAGCAUACAUUGUAUAUAUAUGAGAAUAUAAAGGAAGUAACUUUGAAGUAUAUUCAACAUAUUUUAGAAACUUCUAGUAAUGAACAGGAAAUAUAUAAAUACAAACAAUAUAUUGAAGAUAUUAAAAUGUGUUACGGUACAUUAAAAAAAAUCAGAAUAGAUCCUAAUGAAAAGAGACGCCAAUAUGCAGUUGCAUAUUUAUGUAAGAAAGAUGGAUCUGUACUUAUGAUAGGACCAUUUUCCCCAAGAGACAGACAUAGUGAAGAUUUCAUUAUUGAAGAAAUUUCUGAAUUGUUAAAAAAAAAUGAGAUCAUUCAUUACUCUAAAAUUUUGAUUUACACAGUAAAUAGUCCCUGUAUAGGGAGAAAAGGUGAAAUUCCUUGUAUGUGUAAAUUAAUCGAUUUAUCAGUCAAAUUAAGUAAGAACUAUGGAAUUAAAAUGUAUAUUGCCUUCAGUACAUUUUAUGUAUUUAUCAAAAACAUUGCUGAUAUUAUUGGAAACAGUAAAGAACUGGAAGACGAUUGGAUGAAAAUUAUUGAAUAUUAUAAUUUACAACAAGUUAAGUUUUCUGUUACAUUCCCAAAAUUUGAGAAAAUGAACAUAUCAAAAAAAAAAAUUCCCAGAAAAAAAAGGCAAUUUUUCUGUGAAACUCUUAAUGACGUUCUUUCUGUUUGGUCAAAAAGCUCAGAAAAGACUUGUAAAGAGUGGAUAGAGAUAGAAGCCACAACAGAAGAAAUACUCGAGUCCACACUGAGAAAUGAAAUCAAGGAGAACACUGUUCCUGAUGAUUUUUUUGACACUGUUAUAAAUAUAUGUAAGAAGGUGUGGACUAAAGAAUUAGGCAAACAAAUCACUGAAAUUAUUAAUGAACAGGUUGUUCGAUUCUACCUGAACAAGAUACAGGCCAUUGAACAUUAUCCCGUGUUUAUCCCAUUAGCCUAAGCUGACUAUUAAUUUGUGUUUUCUUUCCUCAUUUCUCGAAUAAAUUUACUAUAUUUUACCAUGAAUUGCAUUGUCU